GAAGCCGAUUUGCGCUUUGUCUGGGUAAGCGUCUCUUGGAGAAGGGUGUUUCGGGUUGACUUUCGUUGGUCCAAUCCCCCCCCAAGGGUGACCACCACGAACGAUUCCUCACAGGCCAAACCUCUUGUCGACUCGAGCUCCCCUCCACCUGCCUGGUUUGCCUUUCUUGCUCCUCUGUGAGCCAGCUGGCACGGGCUCUUGCGUCUUCAGACCCCAAACGACUGAACGAGACGAGCGUACGAACCGGAACCGAGGGCCACCAGUGUCCACCCCAUAGCAAUCAUCGAGUGACCCUUGGUUGCAGCGCUGAUCCCUUGAACAAACUUAAUCACAGCAACUGCUGCUUAGGUUCUUCGUGACGGAUACAGGUUCGCGUCGGCUAUUGGUUCAUCGUGGGCACAUCACAUAUCCAAUCCACCUUUUGCCCGACUGGUCGUUUCGUGCACAGUUUGCGAACAAAGCAACAAAGCCGCCACCACGAGAUACCAGAGCUCGCAAGUGACGGUAGCUCUUCUUCAGCUGGACCUGCUCCGCGCCCUACAUUCACAUCUUGGACAAUUCGAAGCUGUACAACCACACCAUGGCCAACCCACCGGCUGCGGGCGACAAGCCGGGUGGUAGCCCCAAACAGGGAGAAUGGGAUGAGAAGGAGCUGCAAGACUCUCUCGAGCACCUCAAGCUCUUGCACAUCAAGCUCCGGGAGCUCAGGACAACCAUCCCUCGAAUGCUGGAGCCACUAAAAGAGAAGCAGCAGAGUCCCGAGGCCCUCUUCACUUCGUUCUCCAACGCCGUCACGGCCGGCCAUCGUGAGGUCCAAGAUUUUACCGAAAUGCGAAAAGAUGCCAAAACGACGAGGAUACUUGACCAUGCGGCCCAGAGGCGAAAAGAGGAACCAAAUGGGAUCAAGCCCUGGAACGGGAAACAGGACCCAGACUGGAUGACGCCUCCUGGCUCGUCUUGAAGGCGUGUUUCUGCUUGUUUUUUUGUUCUUGAGACUCCGGGGGCUUCCGGCGGACAAGUGCCCGGAUCAUUUGUCGGAUAGGCGCAUGGAAGGUUGGGUGGCCAGUAUUCGGCCUUUUAUGGGAUAUAUCAUGGGGGAGUUCAGGUGUGGUGGACACAGCAUCAUUAGAUACCAUGUACCUUUGAAUUCACAGGCCUCGUUUGUCUUCAGCCUGCGUU